CCAAAUUCCCAAUUGGGGUUAUGUCUCCCUUUCACAAUCUCACUUGUUAACAACCUUAACCCCACACACAUUCUAAUAUACUUCCUUAUUACUACUACUCUUCUAGCUAACAUCUUUUUCUCUCUACUUUUCCGAUGGACUUGCACCACCAUCACCACCACCACCACCACCACCAACCUCAGCUCACCUUAGCCAAGAGCUCACGACACCGCUACAACGAAUGGAUUUUUCGCGAUGUACCUAGUGAUAUAACGAUAGAAGUGAAUGGUGUCGCGUUUGCUUUGCAUAAGUUUCCUCUCGUGUCUCGUAGUGGCCGAAUCCGAAAACUAGUCUCCGAGCAUCGAGAAUCCGCUAUAUCUCGAGUAGAGCUUCUAAGCUUGCCAGGAGGAACAGAAACAUUCGAGCUAGCUGCAAAAUUUUGCUACGGUAUCAAUUUCGAGAUAACACCAUCAAACGUGGCUCAACUAUGUUGUGUAUCCGACUACCUCGAAAUGCACGAGGAUUACUCAAACAACAACCUCGGAUCACGUGCAGACGAGUAUCUCAACUACAUUGUAUGUCCUAGUCUAGAAAUGUCGGUUGAAGUUUUACAACAAUGUGAAAACUUACUUCCUUUAGCUGAUGAACUCAAAAUAGUAACCCGUUGCAUCGAUGCCAUAGCUUCAAAAGCUUGUGUCGAGCAAAUAGCGUCUAGCUUUUCGAGAUUGGAGUAUAGUAGCUCGGGUAGACUCCAUAUGAGUCGACAAAAGUGUGAUUCGGAUUGGUGGAUCAAAGAUUUAUCAGUUCUUAGAAUAGAUUUAUAUCAACGGGUCAUUCUAGCCAUGAAAUGUCGUGGGGUUAGGCCCGAAAGCAUUGGUGAAUCUUUAAUGAAUUAUGCUGAAAAGACAUUAACAAAAAAAACAGAUAAUCAAACGAGCCAUGAACGGGUCGUGGUUGAGACCAUUGUUAGUUUGCUCCCAGCUGAGAAACUAGCAGUUCCAUUGAGUUUUCUUUUCGGGCUUUUAAAAAGUUCUGUGAUGCUAGACUGUUCAGUUGGUUGCAGACUUGAUCUCGAGAGACGAAUUGGGUCACAACUAGAUAUAGUGACACUUGAUGAUCUUUUGAUACCGUCUUUUAAACAUGCUAGUGAUACUUUAUUUGAUGUUGAUACGGUUCAUAGGAUUUUGGUUAACUUUUCACAGCAAGAUGAUAGUGAUGAUGAUCAAGAUGGUUCAGGUUUUGGGUCAGAUGGUCUUGAUUCACCCUCGGAAACAGCGUUGUUUAAGGUUUCAAAGCUGGUUGAUAAUUAUUUAUCUGAAAUAGCACCUGAUGUGAACCUUAAGCUUUCAAAGUUUAUAGCCGUUGCAGAAAGUUUACCAGCGCAUGCUCGCACGGUUCAUGAUGGGUUGUAUCGAUCCAUUGAUGUUUACCUCAAGGCUCAUCAGGGUUUAUCGGAACUAGACAAAAAGAAGCUUUGUAAGAUGAUUGAUUUCCAGAAGCUCUCACCAGAAGCCGGUGCACAUGCUGCACAAAACGAACGACUACCAUUACAAUCAAUAGUCCAAGUUCUAUAUAUUGAGCAGCUAAGACUUAAAAAUGCCUUAUACUGCUCUGAACUUGGUGACAACCCCAAACUGCCAAUGCACCACCCGUCAUGGCGGAUCAACAGUGGUGCUCUCAGUGCUGCCAUGUCACCAAAGGAUAACUAUGCAUCAUUGAGACGAGAAAACCGGGAGUUGAAACUUGAGUUGGCUCGGUUGAGAAUGAGACUAAAUGACUUAGAGAAAGAGCAUGUCUGUAUGAAGAGGAAUAUGGAGAAAUCUAAUUCUCGUAAAUUUAUGAGCUCGUUCUCAAAGAAAAUUAGUAAGCUAAAAGUUUUUGGAAAUAGUUCUUCUAGAGGAUCAACCUCACCAUCAAGAAAUUCACAAAGAACUGAUUCUAAGGUUGUAUACGAUUAUCGCAACUUUUCUCGCUCAGCAGCUAGUGUUAAUUAAAGGUGCAAGAUGAGCAGGUUGGUUAAGAGCUCACAAUGAUUUCGAGUUGAACAGGUCAUUUUAACUGUGGGUCAAGAUAGUCCCGGUUAACCACCAAACAUAUAUUAGUCCAAUUUUUUUUAUAUUUUGUAUAUAAUAAUUAUUAAAUGCAUUAAAUGUGAUUACAAAAUAA